CGCAUCAUUGUUUACCUGAGAACGUUGUGGCGGCGAGUGAGAGGGGAGUGAGUGUUACUGGUUAUUAUUACUGCACUACUCUCACAGCUGCUCCACGCCCCGGCCAGCAGGAGUGACGUGUGAUCCUGUACUGAAUGAGGUCACGAGAGAGGCAGCGGAGCAGGUCGGGGUCAAGACAGAGGCACCGCAAUGGGUCACUGGCGAGAGACCGCAACGAAUCCCAUUCCAGAAGCAAGGUCAGGAAGAGGUCACGGUCCCAGGAGAGGCCCAGGAGGUCAAGAUCAAGGGACAGAGGGUCAGGGUCACGAGAUAAGGUCAAGAGGAGAUCAAGGUCACGAGAGAGGUCAGUUUCCAGAGAUAAGGUCAGGAGGUCGCAAUCAAGGGACAGGGAAAGGAAAAGGUCAGAGUCUGGGAGCAGUGAAGAGGAGAGUGAUGAGUCUGGGUCACCAGAAAGAUCAGACUCGAGCCCAGCGGAGAGUGAGGAGAGCAGGUCACCCUCAAGGGAGAGGAGAGAGAAGAGAAGAGUGGAGGAGAGCAGGGAGCAGAGGAAGAGGGAAGACUCGCACUUAAGGGAGAGGAGGGAGAGACGGUCGCACUCAAGGGAAAGGAGAGGGAAGAGCUCGCACUCGAUGGAGAGAAAUGAGAGAGAACGAAGAGACAGAAGGUCACACUCGAGGGAGAGACGAGAGAAGCGUUCACCGGUGAGAGAGAAAAGGGAGAGGAGAUCACCGUUGCCAGAGAGAAGGGAGAGGAGAGAGAGGAAGUCCCCAUCCAGAGAGAGAAGAGAAAGAACGCACUCUGGAGAAAGAAAAGAGAGGAGAACGCACCUGGAGAGAAAGCACCAGUCCCCUUCAAGAGACAGAGAAACAACACACUCAAGAGAACACAGGCGGAGAGGUGGAGAUGGGUCACACUCAAGGGGCUGGCCACACUCACACUCCCCUGAGGAACCCCGCAGGCACCAGGGAGGCCGGGGUAGGUCCUUGUUGGGGGAGAGAGGUAAAAAACACAGGGAAACCAAGAAAAAGGAGAAGAAAAAGAAGAAGCACAAGAAGAAGUACUCGUCAUCAUCAUCUUCGUUGUCUGAGAGUGAUGACGAGGCGGGAGGGGAGAUGUCCUUCAUGGAGAGGCUGCAGGAGGAGCGGGCGAGGGCUUUGGAGGACAAGCUGGCCCUCAAGAAGCAAAGGAAGCUGCUGGAGACGCCGGCAGAGAAGAGGCUGAGGAGACUCCAGAAGAAGGAAGCCAAGGAGAGGAAGAGGAAGGAGAAGAUGGGUUGGGACAGUGAGUACCUUCACUUCACCAACGCUGACAACCCCUACGGCGACAACAACCUCCUUGACACUUUUGUAUGGAAGAAGAAGCUGGAGAAGGAAGGACUUACGGAUCUCACCAGAGAGGACAUAGAGAAGAGGAGUCGAGCCAAGAUGGACGAGAACCGGAUGGAGUUAGAGAAGGUGAAGAAGAGGAGGCAGGAGAGGGAGCUGGAGAGGCAGGAGAGAGAGAAGAUGAUGGAACUGGAGCAGAGACAGAGGGAGGCGGCUCAAUUCUCGCAGUUUUCAAGGCAGGAGGACCAGUUUCAGCUUGAGCAGGCCAGGCUGCGGUCACAGAUUCGCAUCCAGGAUGGGCGAGCCAAGCCAAUCGACCUCCUGGCGCAGUACGUGAGCUCCGAGGGGGACGUGAGUGCGGUGGAUAUGCACGAACCUUACACUCACCUCACGGGCCUCACACUUGUUGACUUGGAGGACCUGCUGGAGGAUAUCAGGGUGUACAUGCAGCUGGAGAAGGAGGACAUCAACCAGAGCUACUGGAACGACCUGAUCACCAUCGUGCAGGAUGAGCUGCGGCGCCUCAGACAGCGGGACGUGGCCUCCAUCGACCUCUCAGCUCACCACCGCCAGGGCAUCCACGCUGCUGUGGCCUCAGACGUGUCCAGCGUGUUUGUCAACAAGUCUGUGGCCGAACUGAACCAGCUGCAGCGUAACAUUGAAAUGAAGCUGGCCGGCCCCACCACCGGCCUGGACAUUGGCUACUGGGAGUCACUUCUCUCGCAGCUCAGAGCCCACCAAGCCCGAGCCAGACUGAGGGAGAGGCACAGAGACAACCUGAGGAAGAAACUGGAGAUGCUGAAGGCAGAACAAGGCGUCAAGGAAGAGGACGAAGAGGAAGAGGAAGAGGAAGAGGAGGAGCAGGAGCAGGAACAAGAAGAGCCUCGGAGAAUGGAGAGAGUGGAAGAACGGCCAGAAGAGGAAAUCAAGAAAGAACCACAAGAUGAAGAAGAGGAGAAGAAGGAAAAAGAGGAAGAAGAGGGGGAGGAGGAGCAGGAGGGUGAGGAAUGGGACAGUGAGUGUGAGGGGGACAGUGCCAUCCAAGCAUCCCUGGCACUGUAUGUCUCUGGCCGCUACUCCCCUCGUCUUGUGGCACCGAAUAGAUUGGAGCCAGGCACUGUGGUGGUAGACGAGGCAGAGGACACACAGAGGCUGGCUUGGGCGCGGCAGAGGGUGGUGGGGGCGGGCCAGGCGGUGGAGAGUGUGCUGACGGCCGAGGAGAAGGUGAUGCAGAGGGAGGCACAGCGGGCAAUGACCAGUGAGGAGGCUCAGUUCAGCGUGGAGGCCCGGCUUGAUCCACAGCACUUCCUCUGGUCUGACAAGUACCGUCCACGCAAGCCUCGCUACUUCAACCGCGUGCACACUGGCUUUGAGUGGAAUAAGUACAACCAGACCCACUACGACAUGGACAACCCUCCGCCCAAGAUCGUCCAGGGUUACAAGUUCAAUAUAUUCUACCCUGACCUCAUCGACAAGUCCAAAACGCCACAGUACGAACUCAUCCCUUGCAGUGACAACCGGGACUUUGCACUGCUCAAAUUCACCGCCGGCCCGCCCUAUGAGGCCAUCGCGUUUAAGAUCGUGAACCGUGAGUGGGAGUAUUCGUACAAGAGGGGCUUCCGCUGUCAGUUCCACAAUAAUAUCUUCCAGCUGUGGUUCCAUUUCAAGCGUUACCGGUACAGGAGGUAGUCUAGGAGGCAGUUCUGGGACAAGGGAAGUGGGAGGGUGGGCUUAAUUUGGUGUAAUUUAUUGUGGGGUUCUGGGAUUUAUUUUCACUGGUUUGGGAAGGGAUAGAGUUGUGUUUUCAAGCAGUGUCUGUACAGGAGGUAGUUUUGUGGGGCUCUGGGACAAGGGGAGGGUGAGAGACAGAGGGUUGGUAGGUUUAGUUUACUGUGGGAUUCCUUUCUUUCCUUUAUUCCUUUUCUUUUCUUUUUUUUCCUUCUGUUCUUUCCUAUUUUGUCCUCUCUUAUCCAUCCAUCUUUUCCUGCUUUUCCUCCCUUCUUUCUUUCUUUAUUCCUUUUCUUU